AAAAAAUAUCAAGCCAAGAAUGAUGAACACUCAAAACCUCCUCUUCCUCUCUUACUCAUCUCUCUUCAUUCUUUCACUUCAAUUCUUUCAAAAUUGUUGUGCAAAAUGUCCCCCUUCUUCCUGUGGCCUGAUUCCCAUUCGCUCCCCUUUCCGCCUCAGCAACUGUGGCGAUCCUGGCCAAGAGUUAGUAUGCGAAAACAACGUCACCUUAAUGUACGUCAACUCCCGGAAAUUCUUUGUCAAAGCAAUCCAUUACCAAAACUUCACCAUGAGGGUCUCUGAUAUUUCCACAGAUAACAACAUCUGCUCUUUACCUAUACAUUCUUCGUCCGAUUAUUAUGAUAACCGUCCUUUUAAAAGUGCAUCCGGUUAUGCCAUUAAGCUCAUUAGUUUGGUGAGCUGCGAACAUCCGUUGCGUAAUUCUUCCCUCUUUACCCAACUUACGGAGUGUCAAUAUAGCAAAUAUACAUAUAUAAACGUCGAAACCAUGCGUGCCAAAGAUAUGGACUCUAUGUGCACAUUAGAUACUGUACUGGCAACAUCUUGCCGAUAUCAAGAUUCGGAAUUUUUGAGUAAUGUGUCCCUCUCAGAAAUCCAUCAGUCUUUGCUAUAUGGAUUUGAUUUAAAUUGGAAAAAAUUAAUGUGUCUCUACGGAAAAGAAGGUGUCGAUCCGGAUGUGCUAGUUAAUUGCGAUCGUUCAGACCUACAACGUAAAUUGGACUACAUCAAGAACUCCUUUCUAUCACCUGAAGGUCCAACUGGAGGCUUUAUCAUGAUUUUAAUGUUCAUAUUUGCUAUUGUAUUUAUUGGGGUAGGCAUUGCAGCAAAAAUCAUUAUCACCAUCACACUUAUUGUGAUUUUUCGGACUGAAACAGAGCCAGAUUGGCUCCCCGGUGUUCAAACCUUUGGCGAGAAGAUCCCAUCAAUUGUAGAUAUUAGAUACCACUUUAAUGCUUCUAAUUCGGCAAUUGUUUACUCGGAACUAAGGAUCAUCAUGGGGUUUCUCUGCGCGAUGGGGUUCCUGAUCUACAAAUUCCAGAGAAGGCGUUUGUCCGCGUACGAGGAAAUAGAGAGCUUCCUACAGAGUGACAACCAUCUGUCCCCUAUCAGGUACUCCUAUUCGGACAUAAAGAAUAUGACUAGAAAUUUCCGAGAAAAACUAGGUGAAGGUGGUUUCGGCUCUGUUUACAAAGGAAAGCUCCGAAGUGGCUAUUAUGUAGCCGUCAAGCUAUUGGGAAAAGCUAAAAAAAAUGACAGAGAUUUCAUCAAUGACAAAGAUUUCAUCAAUGAAAUCGGAACAAUUGGGAGGAUCCAUCAUGUCAAUGUUGUCCAGCUUGUAGGAUAUUGUGUGGAGAGAUCCAAGCGUGCCCUCGUACUUGAUUUCAUGCCAAAUGGUUCUCUUGACAAGUACAUCUUCAAAAUAGACAAAACAUCUUCAUUGGAUUGGGAUAUGAAAUUCAAGAUUGCAAUUGGAGCUGCUCGAGGGAUUGAGUAUUUGCAUAGCGGUUGUGAUAUCAAGAUCUUGCAUUUUGAUAUCAAGCCUCACAAUAUACUUCUUGAUGACAAGUUUGUCCCCAAGAUCUCCGAUUUCGGGCUGGCAAAGUUAUGCUCGGUAGACAAGGACACGGUGACGAUGACAGUUGCUAGAGGCACCAUAGGCUAUAUUGCUCCAGAACUCAUCACCAGAAGCAUCGGCCUAGUUUCUCACAAGGCCGAUGUGUAUAGUUUUGGUAUGUUGUUGAUGAAUAUGGCGGGCGUAAACAGAGAUUUGAAGGGAAACAAUGAUGAUGCAAGUAAGUAUUUCCCAUGUUGGAUAUAUGACUGCAUUAACCAAGGCAAGGAGAUUGGAAUUGUUGAAGAAGCGCACAACAAUGUUGACGAUGUGAAUGAGAAUGGAAAAAAUGCCCUUAAGAAGAUGGCAAUAGUUGACUUAUGGUGCAUACAAAUGAAUCCACGUAGUCGUCCAUCAAUGAAGUUGUGGAGAUGUUGGAAGGCGGUGUUGAAGACCUGAAAAUUCCAGAUUAUCCAGCUCAGUUAGUGAUUGAGGACAAUAAUCAAGCUGCCGAUUCAAGUGUUUCUUCAUCACUAUUUAGUUAUGACAAUGGUAGUAGCAUUAAGAUUAGUAUAGCAUGAAUAUGUAUUCUGGGCUGUUUUUGCUUGAAAUGAUCAAGCAUAUUUGUAUCAAAUUUGUCACCGUUGAAUUAUUGUUUUUCCUUCUUUGUCACAA